UUUUAGACUUCCAGUAUACAUGAGCUACAAUCAUUGAGAAAGGUGAAUAACAAUACUCACUCUGCAUGUGAGGUUUUAUUAUCCUAUGAAAGGAAUAGGAAUAUUUAUUCCUGUAAUUUACAGCAAACUAAUCACUGCUUUGUGGUCCUAAAGUAAUUUUUUUCCUAUGUAAUUUUUACUCUCAGACUGCAUCAAUCAGCUUCCACUAGGUGCCUAUCAGUUAAUUAUGUGUGACCUUAAUGAGAUCAGAUCUGGGUCAGUGGUACAAGUAGUUCAAGUGUGAUAAUGAAAAUGAGAAACAAAGCUGAGCCAUAUUCCCCUACUGUAAAAAUCAGUCCACCUGGUUUAAUUGAAAGUGAGGUUUAUCGUCCAUUAUUACCAUGUUUUUUUAUUGCUUUGGUAUCUUAAUUUGAGAUGUUUGCAUGAAUCUAACUAGUAAGCACAUAGGGUUUUCAAAGCCUUACUAGUAAGUGUAAAGGUAUCUGUAACACCUGAAUCUAAAAAAAUCCACCAUUCCCACCACACACACACCUGCGCACUCUAAACAAUAGCAGCAGCCAAACACCUUUAAAGGUUGGUUGUUAGCAUGAACACUGAAGGGUUGAACUUCACUUUAUAUUUUAGAAUACUUGGAUACCUCCUGAUACCAAAUAGCUUCAUGGUGUCAGUGUCUAGCAGGUGGCCCAACUGUCAAACAUAGAUGGAUUUGAUUUUAUCUUGGUUUAGGAAUUUGAAGGUACUGCUUUCUCUCUACUUUAAUCCAGAGCUCUUAGGAGAGUGCUCAGGUAUCUGAAGGUACAAUGGGAAAAAUCAAUUGAAAUAAGUUGAAAUUGUAUGGAUUUGUGUUAAACCUCUGCAGGAGUGGUGGAGCUUGAUGUGAAGCUCCAAGUUCACCACAGUGUGGAGCUUCUAUGCUGUAGUGAAUUGAGCAAAACUCCUGCAUGCAUGCUUCUUCGUGUGUUUUGAGAGACUUCUCAGUAUCGUACCAACCAAUAAAAUCUGUAUUUAUGUAUUUUUGAGGUAUAGGACUAGAAGUUCUGCAGUGUGGACUGUAAUCUCAAAUAUCAGAUAUGUUGUAUUGCAUAUAUGUCUGUCUAGCUCUUGAGAGGAGCACACCAGAGGAUAAUGACAGUGGCAGAAAGCAAAUAUUAACGGGUCUGCUGGUCCUUGGCAUGAGGUGAUAUAAACCAGAGGCAACUUGAUAUUAAUCAUAGCACCUUAAGACUGUCAUGAAGACAAAUUCAGGUCCAGUAUUUUUGAUACUCUUCUCUCUUUGGCCCAACAAGUCUCAGUCUUAAGCUUGAUCCUGUCAAUAAAUGGCUAAAACUGGAUGGAUAAAUAGCAGGAGCUUGGAAGGCUUGUGUUAGUGUGAUUUUUUUAUUUUUAUUUUUUACAGCUUAAACAUCUGCUUAUAUGAUUAGCUGCUUAGCAAUUAAGUUAAGUAAUGGUUCUUUCUCUUGCCCAGUGAAUAACAUUCAUAAGAAGAUUAAGUGGAUAAGCAAGAAACUGAGUUUAGAGCUGUUUGUGAUGAAAUGAUCAAGAUGUGUUGUCCCAGUUUUUUGUCAUAAUGUUAUAAAUCCAUAUAUUUGUACUUAGACAUCACCUGUUUGUAUGCACUCUUUAUUUCACUAAACACUAGAGAUUUAGGUAUAUCCAAAGAAAGAACAACCACAUUAACCAGUGGAAUAGAAAACAAACAUGAGAAGAGUUUAAAGCCUAACAGUGCUUUCAGCACAGGAUGUUUCAGGGUGUGCCCUGUCAGCAAAUAAUUACCGAGCGCCAGCAGGUUGCCUCUCGUUAUGGGGUUAGUGAUUAAAGCGUUAACCGGAGCCUCCCGUAGGUGCAGCCGUGACUCAGGGAGCGCUCUCUCAGCUGCAGGGAGGAAGGAAAGUGGGAAGGUGAAUGCUCCCAACAUGCACCGAGGUGUGGGGAGUGUCCUGGCUUUCCAGCACUCCCAGGUUGGUGAGCAAAACAGUAAUUAGCAGCUCCAUGAGUUCCGUAGAGAAGCAGAGGUAGCUGUCAGCUCGUGCCAUACUGUCAUGCUUCUUCCAAGUUUCAUCUCUUCUGAAUAAAUGAAGAAAGUGACUAUGAAAGCACAGCAUCUUCCUUCUGUUGCCAUUAAUGAGGAGAAGUUUAUAACCAGAGAGCAGCUCCAUUCUCUUCUGAAGGUCUAUAACUCUUACUAUUCUGAUCAAGAAAAUCUGCAAUUGUCAUAUGAUCAGCGAGAAGGAAGUAAACCAUUUAUUGAAGGAAUCUUAUCAAUAUUUUGGGGAGUUCGACAUCCUAUCCGCUUAAAAAUUCAGGAUGAGAAGCAGAUACCCUCUUUUGUAACAUUGAAGUCAACAGAGAAAGUGGGCUUGUUCCCCAGUAAAAGGGGAAUGACACGAUGGGGAGAAUUUGAUGAUCUGCAUCAUAUUAGUGGAGAGACAUUGAAAUCUACUGAAGAGAAGCUGAACUCUGAGAAAAGUUAUUCAUAUUACGAAAGCAACACUCUGAAGUCCAAGAGCGAGCAGGAACAUGACUGUGCUACUCUGCCCAGGGCGGUCAGCAGUGCUGCAGCUGUAAGGAAGAGGACCAAGUUCCCCAUGAUUGCAAGAACAGAAGUGGAAACUCACAGAUUUUCUAUUAAUGGCCACUUCUACAACUAUGAGACAUCAGUUUUCACUCCAGCUUCUGGAUCAGAAACCAAGAUAAGAGUUAACAGCCAUAUGAGAACAAGAGAAGUAAUAGAACAAUUGCUUCGAAAGUUCAAGGUAGCAUUGGCAAUCAUAAGGCAGUGGAGUAGAAGGACAAAGAUAGAAAACAGUCCCCAUGAAUUUGCACUUUAUAUUAUCCAUGUGUCUGGAGAAAAGAAGCAGCUGAGAAGUGGAGACAUUCCCUUGCUGCACAGACUCCUGCAGGGGCCAUCAGAGAACGUUGCCAAGUUUUUUCUCAUGGACAGGGAUGUGGAAGAGGUUGCUCAAUAUAUUCAAUUUCAUCUCCCCUUUUUGGAAUCAAUUCUGCACAGAAUAAACAAAGAAGAAGAACAGGAGAUUCAACAGACAAUUGCAAAAUACCUUAAAGAGAAGCGUGUGAUAUGCCAGCACCUUCAAAAUCGAACUUUUAAAAAAACAGAGACUACUGUUUGAUGUGAUUUGGCAUAUUGCAACUACCACCCACUGCCUUUGGCAAAGGAAAGUCUGUGUUUUCUUGCGUGUGCCAUCAUUGAGGAGCACUUAGGGCACAAGGGUGUGCAAAGUGCUUCUUUUGACAAUUAUGCAACUGAAACUGUACACUCCACUAUGGCUCUGGAAUACAAGUUGGGGACCACCUAAGAAGAUGGACUAAAUCAUCCAAAAGACAAAGUCUGAAUCUAACUUGAAACUUCAGAUUGGGAAAAAUCCUGUGCUGAAAAGCACAAGGCUUUAAAAUCUUCUAAUUUCCAAACAAUUACCAAGAGUCUGGUAUACAGGAAAAUGUUGCAAUAACCAGUGUGCUAAUUGUGCCAAAAAUAAGAAAAGAAAGUAUGAGACUUUCCUUCUAUUAGAAAAAAUGAUAAAUUUUAUUAGGAGGAAGCUUUUCUGUAGAGUUAAGUGGCAAAAGGUAUUUAUUUAUCUAAGAUUGCAGUUAGGCAUUUCACAUAGCUUACAAAAAUAUCUACACAAGUGAGACCUGAAAGCCCAGUGGCUUCCAAUUGGUAGGUACCUAACUCAUAUAACCUUUGAGUCAAAGUUUGAAGAAUAUAAAUUGAAGUCUACCAUCUUCAUGGCUACUCAGCUCUUAAAUGUAUGAGCAAAGGUAUCUCUGAUAUAUAUUUUAAGCUGCAGAGAAUUCUCACGAAGUACUGUGGCAUUUGCUUGACUGGGUGCUAGAAGGCAUCCCGUGUCUUUUUUUCAUUGAGACAGAUUAUUCCAUGUUACUUCCUGUGUUUUCCUAUUUGGAGAAGGAAAGGAGAAGUGUUUAGUGAGAGGCUGACACCACAACUCUUAUCGGAUGGGGUUCGCAUCCUUCUGCACAUGCAGUUUUUGGACAGUCUGACAGUUGCACAGUGUACAGCAUUCCUCUAUCAGAUCCUGCGUGGUUCAAUCAUGCUGAAUAGUAAAGUUCAAAUUGUAGAGAUGUAAAUAAAAUGUGCACAAGUAAGUGCCCUCCUGUAGUACCUUCUUUUUAAUGUGAUGUCUGUAUUUUGUACCAGUUGUGUUUGGUUUCUGUAGAUAACAGGAUCUAUGUGCUGAGAGGGAGGGAAUUGGUAUACAGAAAAUGAUAUCUAGAAAUUAUGUGGAAUAAAUCAAGUGUGAAAAGCUGUACUCCCUGUGAGGUGACAUCAUUUGAAUGGUAACUCAAAAAUGAGAAGUCAUUGUGCUAAUUAAACUAUUGUGCUUGGGGCAGGUGCUUACUUUAAUAUGCAAUCUAUUAUAAUCUUACAGAGGAAAUUAUUAUGGGCAUGGGAGCACAGAGGGGAGAAAUAAAAACAAUUCAGUAGUCAAGCAAGGUGCAUGGCAUUUGUAACAGUUGCCUUGGGUGUGCCAAUGUCAGUUCAUUGAAACAACAGAGUUAUACAUGCAAAUGUCACUGAAAUUCCACAGGUGAACCAUUCAAAUAUUGAUUAGCCAAGUGGUUAGGAGAUAGGAAACUCACCAUAAAACAUCACAGGCUGGGCUUGUAAGGUCAAAUUUCAGUGAAGUUUAAGUAGUUAGUCUAUGGUCAUAUCUUGUUCUUGUCCAAAACCAAGAAGAUGUUGUCAACUUCAACCAAAUUAUGCACUGUCAUUUUUUGUUCAGCUGCAGACAGGUAUGUUUUGGCACCAGCUGGCUGUACUGAGACACUAGAAAUUAUGCUGAAGUAUGGGAACAGCCCCCCAUGGACUCAAUUUCUUGCUUUGUUCUGCCUAAAUUACUCUAAGGAGCAUAUCGGAACUGAAACACAGAACAAUAUGCAGAUAGCUCAAACUUAUGAGCGGGAAGAAAAUCUAGCCUGCAGUCAAAAAAACUGCAGGUGCUCCAGGGCUGUCUGCUGCCUUGCUGCAUCUUCUCAUUGCUUUAAUCAGAAAAUGUAUUUCAGGUUUUUUUAGUGUAGCUAGCCUAUUUCUGUUGUGCUCUACUUGGUAAAUGCUUGUGGUUGUAUGAAUGUGCAGUGUGAAAGUAAUGGAGCGUGGUAUAGUCAUAAUUCUUUGGUCUGAGAUUUGAAAAACUGAAGAUAGUGCCAGUGCACUGACCAUGUGGAAAAGUGUUUGCAAAGCAGAUUGUCCAAUCCUGUGUGUUCCUAAAUUGAGCCAUUUUUUGCCAUCAUCUGGUGUUAAAUACUUGGAUCCCAUUGAGUUCACUUGUCUUGCUGAAUUGGAACUAAAUGGUACUGCAGAACUAACAAUGGAGCCUAGCACAAAAACAAAUGUAGGUUGCUGGCUUUAAAGCACUAAUGAAAUAAAGCUGCUCUGUUACA